AAUAAGCUGAAGAGCCAGCAUUUUCGUUUGAACUGGGCCUGGAUUUCUUUAGAGAAGGAAUAUUAUUUGGUAAAUGAAGACUCUAAAUAUCUAGAUGUUGUUCUUAAGCGGAGAGGUUACCUGGGAGAAACCUCUUUUAUUAGUAUUAGCACUAAAGAUGGUACUGCUGAGAAGGAUAAAGACUUCAAAGGAAAAGCCCAGAAGCAGGUGCAAUUCAAUCCUGGCCAAACCUUGGCUACUUGGAGAGUGCGGAUUUUGAGUGAUGGUGAACAUGAGCAGUCUGAGACCUUCCAAAUUGCGCUUUCCGAGCCUGUCAUGGCUGUCCUAGAGUUUCCUGAAGUGGCUACAGUGGAAAUUAUUGACCCAGGAGAUGAAUCAACGGUUUUUAUUUCUCAAUCCACCUACACAAUUGAAGAAGACAUUGGGGAACUGUUCAUUCCUGUCAGAAGAAGUGGAGAUGUCAGCCAGGAAUUGAUGGUGAUCUGCUAUACACAGCAAGGAACAGCAGCUGGUACUGUCCCAACAUCUGUGCUGUCCUAUUCAGACUACAUAUCCAGGCCCGAGGACCAUAACAGCAUUCUCCACUUUGACAAAGAUGAACGAGAGAAAAUGUGCCGUAUUGUCAUCAUAGACGAUUCCUUAUAUGAAGAAGCUGAGACGUUUGAUGUUCUGCUGAGCAUGCCUGUGGGUGGAAGAAUUGGUUCGGAAUUCCCAGGGACUCAGGUUACUAUUGUGCCUGAUAAAGAUGAUGAACCUGCCUUCUACUUUGGAGAUGUCAAAUACUAUGUUGAUGAGAGUGCUGGCUUUGUUGAGGUGCGUGUCUGGAGAACUGGAACUGAUUUGUCCAGAGCUGCCACUGUUACAGUCAGGUCUCGCAAAACUGAGCCAAUAACUGCAGAGGCUGGGGUGGAUUAUGUAGGCAUCAGUCGUAAUUUGGAUUUUGCCCCUGGAGUCAACAUGCAGACUUUCCGUGUGAUCAUUUUGGAUGACCUCGGACAGCCAGUAUUAGAAGGAAUUGAGAAGUUUGAGCUUGUGCUACGAAUGCCCGUGAAUGCUAUCCUUGGAGAACCAAGCAAAGCCACCAUCUUCAUCAAUGACUCAGUCUCUGAUUUGCCUAAGAUGCAGUUUAAAGAACCUAUGUACAUCGGCAAUGAAAAUGAUGGACAGAUUUCUGCCAUGAUAUAUAGGAGCGGAGAUAUCCGCUACGCAUCUACAGUGCGCUGUUAUAGUCGACAGGGUUCAGCCCAGGUAAUGAUGGACUUUGAAGAACGUCCUAACACUGAUGAUUCCAUCAUCACUUUCCUUCCUGGUGAGACUGAGAAACCUUGCACCCUCAUGCUUGUGGACGACUCUCUCCACGAAGAAGAGGAAGAACUGCGUCUGGUUCUUGGCACUCCAAGAAGUGAUUCCUCCUACGGUGCUUCUGUUGGUGAACAAAAUGAAACCCUGAUAAGGAUCAGAGAUCAUGCAGACAAGGCCAUUAUUAAGUUUGGUGAGACCAAAUUUAGUGUCAGUGAACCAAAAGAUGUAGGACAGCUGAUGGUUGUAAAAAUUCCAGUGCUUCGUCUGGGAGACACUUCAAAGGUUUCCAUUGUAAGGGUUCACACAAAGGAUGGCUCUGCCACCUCUGGAGAAGACUAUCACCCUGUGUCAGAAGAAAUUGAGUUUAAGGAGGGUGAAACACAGCACAUUGUGGAGAUUGAGGUUCUUUUUGAUGGCAUUAGGGAAAUGAGAGAGGCCUUCACUGUUCACCUGAAGCCUGAUGAAAACAUGGUGGCAGAGAUACAGACAGCCAAGGCCAUUGUGUACAUUGAAGAAAUGAACAGCAUGGCGGAUGUCACCUUUCCUUCAGUCCCUCAGAUUGCUUCUCUUUUAAUAUAUGAUGAUACUUCUAGAGCCAAAGACAAAACCAGUCCAGUUGCUGGCUACCCUGUUGUCUGUAUCACUGCUUGCAAUCCUAAAUUUACAGAUUAUGACAAGACAGGUUCAAUAUGCGCCAGCGAGAAUAUCAAUAACACACUGACUCGGUACCGAUGGCUGGUUAGUGCCCCUACCGGCCCUGACGGUGUGACCAGUCCCAUGAGAGAGGUUGACUUUGAUACAUUCUUCACUUCCUCCAAGAUAAUCACACUGGACUCCAUUUACUUUCAAGCUGGCUCUCGGAUCCAGUGUGCAGCUCGUGCUGUAAAUUCGGAUGGGAAUGAAGGCCUAGAGCUCAUGAGUCCUAUUGUAACAAUAAGCACAGAGGAGGGUCUUUGCCAGCCCCGGGUAGCAGGUGUGGUUGGGGCAGAACCAUUCUCUGCCAAGCUGCGCUACACUGGCCCAGAAGAUCCAGACUAUGCUAAUCUCAUCAAACUGACCAUCACAAUGCCUCAUAUUGAUGGCAUGUUACCUGUUAUCUCCACAAGAGAGCUGUCCAACUUUGAGCUAACCCUCAGCCCUGAUGGAACUAGGGUGGGAAAUCAUAAAUGCUCCAACCUAUUGGAUUACACAGAAGUGAAGACUCACCAUGGUUUCUUGACUGAUGCUACCAAAAAUCCAGAUGUGAUUGGAGAGACCAUUCCCUACCAACACAAUGCAUCGAUCAGGGGCCUCAGUACUUUACGCUUCUACAGAAACCUGAACCUGGAGGCCUGUUUAUGGGAGUUUGUCAGCUAUUAUGACAUGUCUGAGCUCCUCAUUGAUUGUGGAGGCACCAUUGGGACAGAUGGACAGGUCCUGAACUUAGUGCAGUCCUACGUGACCUUGCGAGUCCCCUUGUAUGUCUCCUAUGUUUUCCAUUCACCUGUGGGUGUAGGUGGCUGGCGGCAUUUUGACCUACAGUCUGAACUUCGGCUGACUUUUGUGUAUGACACUGCCAUCUUGUGGAAGGAUGGAAUUGGCAGCCCACCUGAAGCAGAGCUCCAAGGUUCUCUCUACCCAACCAGUAUGCGCAUCAGUGAAGAAGGGCGUUUGGUUGUCAACUUCAAGACUGAAGCCCGAUUUCAUGGGUUAUUUGUGAUGUCUCAUUCUGGCUCCUCUCUGAGCUCCAUGGUUAUGUCAGCUGAUCACCCAGGCCUGACAUUUAGCCUCAGCCUCGUGCGGAGUGAACCAACGUACAACCAACCAAUACAGCAGUGGAGCUUUGUUUCAGAUUUUGCGGUACGAGACUAUUCUGGAACAUACACUGUGAAGCUGAUAGCUUGUACCACGGUACCUCACCAGGAGUAUAGUAUACCAGUGAUCUGUAAUCCUAGAGAGCCAAUCACAUUUGACCUUGAUAUCCGAUUCCAACAGGUCAGCGACCCAGUGGCUGCUGAGUUCAGCCUGAAUACCCAGAUGUUUCUCCUCUCUAAGAAGACUCUCUGGUUAUCUGAUGGCUCGAUGGGAUUUGGGCAGGAAAGCGAUGUUGCUUUCACAGAAGGUGAUAUUAUAUAUGGUCGUGUGAUGGUGGAUCCAGUACAGAACCUCGGUGAUUCCUUUUAUUGUAGCAUUGAGAAGGUUUUCCUGUGCACUGGAGCAGAUGGAUAUGUACCCAAGUUUAGUCCACCAAAUGCAGAAUAUGGCUGUCUAGCUGAUUCUCCAUCCCUCUUAUAUAGAUUUAAGAUUGUGGACAAAGCUCAACCAGAGACACAAGCCACAAGCUUUGGAAAUGUGCUUUUUAAUGCAAGACUAGCAAUAGAUGAUCCUGAGGCAAUUCCUUUAGUCAAGCAACCUGGCUCAGAUGGAUUUAAAGUGGACUCAACACCACUGUUUCAGGUGUCUUUGGGUAGAGAAUGGUACAUACAUACAAUCUACACUGUGAGAUCAAAAGAAAGUGCCAACCGAGGUAUUGGCAAAAGAAGUGUGGAGUACCAAUAUCACUCUCUGGUCAGCGGUGGGAAUCCAGGAACUUCAAUGCAGAUACGUCAGAAGAGAGGGGUCAAAGAAGCUCCAGAGCUUGCUAAAGAAAUUGGCAUAGAAAACAGCAGAGGAACUAACAUUCAGCACAUAGCUUUGGAUCGCACCAACAAGAAACAGAUCCCACAAAGAGAAGUUACAGUCAAUGGAAUUCUCCCCAGGGAGCUGAAUAACAGGAACCCAGAGGUCAAGAUAGUCAUGAUCAUUGGCGGAGCUGCUGCCGUUUUACUUGCCAUCGGUUUAAUUGCAAUUAUUAUUUUACUGUUAAAGCAUAAACAGAGCUCAGAGAAGAAAGAAGUCGCAAAGGGAUCAGGGAGCUGUGAGCCAAUGAUGCCACCACAUAAUUACACUAGUGACAGCUCUGAGGUUUGAUUCCAAGACCAUGGGAUUUGAAUCUGUCUCGAGAGUGCCUCAAAGAUAAACUUGAGCUGCUGCUUGUUAGCAGAAGGUCACCAUUAUGCUUGGAAAUUAAAAGAUCGUAUGGCUCUAGCUGUACUUGAAAAUAUCCAUUUGAGCUCUGGCUACCAUUCUCACACAUAAAGGAAGAAUCCAACCCAAACCUCCUGUUUUGCACAGUAGGCAAUCCUGAUGUCCGUACAUCAUGCACUAAUGUUAAGCUGCAUUGCAAGAAACUGCAUUGCAAAGGAGAGAUUUUUUUAUUUUGUUUUUGUGUUUUCUUUCAAUUAAAAAGAAGAAAUUAUCCAAAGGUGCUAGUGAACCCCUCUCGGCAAUACAAAAGGAAGUCUCUUAUUACUGUACUCUUGUCUCCAAUGCAGACACUCUCUGAAUGAUUUCUCACAAAGAACUUCCUUGUUGUUGUUGUUAGUCUGUAGAGUGUGAAAAUCCUCUGGCCUGAUUUAGCCCAGUUAGAGUCCUUUGGCUUCAGUUAAGUUACUCCAGUGAUGAAUUGUAUCCCUUGCAUUUAACUGACAUUUCUUCCAAAGACAAAUAGAUUAGUCACAACAGAGUUACAAGCAGGCACAUAUGCCAGGAUACAUUACACAUUCUUCGCUGGGAAUUCACAAUCAGCUAUUUAACCUGACUUUUUUUUUCUUCUUCUGUUUUUUUUUUUCCUUAUUUAAGUUUAUAUAAAACCAAAGAAUAUGAUAAUGUCCAGAAGGAAGCUUGAUUUUUACAGACGCUGGAUAGUUGUGUCCUCUUACGCUUAUAAUGGAUUAUAUUUGUACAGUAAAUUGUAUUUGUCAGUGCACAUCCAAUGAUGGGAAAUGCAUGAUUUGGUAACAUUGCAGUGUCUAGAUGAGGGGUAGUGUUAGAUUCAAAAUGCAGAAGACAAGGUUCUGUUCGAACUGAGGCUAUGAAUUGGGAUGUAGAAUUCAGUGCUUACUAGGCAGUUACCAUAUUACAAGUGGCAACAACGGGAAGAAAAUACAAACAUUUUAUGGGAGCAAGUUGUAUGUAUUAAGUUGAUGCAUAAUCACUGU